UUAAGGCAGGCAAAGGAGGCGGACAGCUAAUAUUUUCCGUCUUCUGGGUCCUGACACGGAACGAGUUGAAGCUACGCAGGAGACGGAGAGUAGUAAUGGAGGCGGACGGUGUGUGGAGUCGCAAGUGAGCUCUAAGAAUGGCAGGCACGGCUUGAAGCUAACGAAAACUCGUGAACCCCCGUUUUCAGUGGUGGACGGAGAGGUCCCUUAGCGAAGGCACUGCCCGGCUGGACGUCAGAUUGAUCCCGGUGUGGAAACUCCAGAGACGAUGUACUGCCUUCAGUGGUUACUCCCGGUCCUGCUCAUCCCGAAACCAUUGAACCCGGCCUUAUGGUUCAACCACUCGAUGUUCAUGGGUUUUUACUUGCUUAGCUUUCUUCUGGAAAGGAAGCCAUGUACCAUCUGUGCCUUGGUGUUCCUGGCAGCCUUGUUUCUCAUCUGCUACAGCUGCUGGGGGAACUGCUUCCUGUACCACUGCCAGGACUCUCCACUGCCAGACUCUGCACACGACCCCAGCAUUGUGGGCACCUAGAUUGAGUCACUCGUCAGCCCCUCUGUACAUGAUCACCUUUUCUUCAGACUCACAUCUGCAAGGACGUGGGACAAUCUGUAGCUGGGCUGUGAAUAAAAUCCCAAACGUUGGCUUCUGCAUUCAGAGAAGCAUUUAUUUCAUACACGAAGCAUAUCCUGCCUGUAGCUGCACAGGACAGAGAUCCAUUUCCUCUGAGGAUUACUGCAUGGGUUGGCUAUAGUCUUCUUUCCCACUGAUUGCUGUGUCCAUACAUACCUUUGGUUGCUUUUGUAAUAACAAGAUGCUUAUUGUUUUCAACAUUUUGAAGGUAAUGUGCGUGUGAUUUUUGAAUUGGAUUUCUUUGGAAUGAAGAUGGUUGUGGUGAAUAUCGAGUGUUAUUGCAGAAGUCAGCAUGAGCAGCUGUUGCCUCUGUUCUUCUGUGGAUUUAGGUAAAACUAAGGGAAAAAGGCCAAUGCUGGAUUAUUCGGGUUAGUCUGAAAAGGGGAUGCUGGUACCAACUGUAUUAGUUAUGAAUAAUUGUGUUAUUUUGAUUUAAUAAAGGUUAUUUUUUAAGGAAA